AUGUCUCUCGUGGAUCAAAUGCUCGGCGAAGGGGCAGUGGCGGAUUUAUGUGUGUGGAAAAACAAGGUAAUAUCAGGCAUCACAUUUGUAAUCGCCACACGUAUCUGGUACCAGUUCGAGAUCUUGGAGACUCCACUUGUACCCUUUCUAUGUUCGAUCUUUUUACUCCUGAUGCUCCUUCUCUUCCUUUGGGCCAAGUUUGGACAACUCCUUGGCACUUGGAGACCUCCAACUCCUGAAGAAAUCAAACAAGAAGAUUCCCUAGUUAGAGCCUUAUUUUCAAAGAUAGAAGGUCUUCUCUUGAUGCUGUACGAGAUUGCCUAUGGGAAAGACAUCAAAACCUUUAUCUGCGUAAAUCUUUGCUACCACUGA